AGAGAGAUGUUCCCGUCGCCAGGGAGGCCGGUGAUGGCGCUGGGCCACGGCCAGCACACCUCGUCCACAGCCGGCGCCGCCAUGGCGGCGGCGGCGGCCUCCUCGUCCACCCCCUCCAUAACCUUCUCCUUCCAGCCCUCUCCUCCGCCAACGAGCUCCCUCGCCCACCAUGGCGUGCUAGGUUACAGCUCGCUUCUCCUAGAGCACCCACCCACCGCCACCACCUCGUCCUCCUCCUCGCACGCGCCGUCGUCCGCCAUCCCUCCCCCCAACCUCCACCACCUCCAUGCAGCGCACGUUUCCCCUCCCACGAGGUCGUCGUCGACUCCUCCUCACCCAUGGUCGACCUGUGACGAAGGGCAUGAUCAAGGUCAAGGCAGGCAGCGGGGAAAGGGCAGCGCUGCGGCGGGCGAGGGGCUGGCUGCCGGGCAUAACGGCGCGGCGGCGGCGCUGGGGGUGGGCGCGGUGAGGAUGAAGAAGGCGGGCGGCGGAGGGAAGGCGCGGCGGAAGGUGCGCGAGCCGCGGUUCUGCUUCAAGACGAUGAGCGACGUCGACGUACUCGACGACGGCUACAAGUGGCGCAAGUACGGCCAGAAGGUCGUCAAGAACACGCAGCACCCCAGGAGCUACUACCGGUGCACGCAGGAUAACUGCCGGGUGAAGAAGCGGGUGGAGCGUCUGGCGGAGGACCCCCGCAUGGUGAUCACCACCUACGAGGGCCGCCACGUCCACUCCCCAUCCCGCGACGAGGAAGACGACGCCGCGCGCGCGAACGCCGAGAUGAGCUUCAUCUGGUAGCUAGUAGCUAGCUUCCAUUGCCGGCCUAGCAGCUGCGAUCAGGCGUCGCCGGCAGUGGGACGGAGGACACACCGGCCGGCCGCGCCGUCGUCGACGACAUCGAUCGUCGCGUGCAGUGGCCGGUCAAGCUUCGUCAGCUAGCUGGAUCCUGAUUCCAUCCAUGCAUCAAACUCGAGUCUAAAUGCAUUGCAAUAUCUAUGGAUCUUUGCGUUGAUGUCGUCGCUGUUAUAGAUUACAUGCAUUGUGUGAAUUAUUACUACUCCUACUGUUGUAGUUAAUUAAUUAGCGCAUCCAGGUUAAUUAUGAACUGAUAAUCUAUAUAUAUAGUAGAAACUGCU